AAAUGUGUUUAUGUAGACCUGCAGGAUAGAGCGAGCCACCGAUCGCCUCUCUGUCUCGUUUGCUCAUAGCGCGAGCACAGUGUUUUUAAAGCCUGCGGGCUUAUUCCUUUCCAAGCGGGACGUAUUCGUAAAUUAUCAUCCAGCUUGCAGUGUUUUUUUAAAGUACAAAUUUUACCCGUCCACAAAUUACUACACCGCUUUUGUUUGUGUAGAAAAAAAGAAACACUCAAUAAAUAAAGUGACAGUUUGCAUUCAGGCGCACUGUCCGCAUAGGCUACCCACGGUGUAGGUAUACAGCAAGAGCAAGCAGGCAGCGAAAAGAAGAAGCUUCCAGAACAUUCGAAUCGUGUUUUGUACGGGUGUGCGUGCGUACGCGGCUACGGGCAAGGCAGAAAGGAAAAUCGGUCCAGAACAGGCGAACCAGAGGCAGCACCUCGUUAUGCCUAACCCGUGCGGUGUCCUGCUGUAAAAUCGCACUAGCUUUACAUCGGUUUGUACCGGCGCUACGUGGGCUGCAACGAACCCCGUUACUUACUUUCCCGUUCGCGGAAACACUCUUCGGUUCGCGGAAACAGUAAUACAAGCUAUCGAACCGGUGGGACGAACCCAUCCACAAACAUACGCGCGCCGCUAACCUUACUCUAACGUUUUCCGCCGAUCAACGCACGCACACAGCCGCCACACGAUGGUGUUCGAGACGAAGUUCUACGACAUACUCGGCGUUCCGCCCAACUGCACGCCGGACGAGCUGAAGAAGGCGUACCGGAAACUGGCUCUGAAGUACCAUCCGGACAAGAACCCGAACGAGGGCGAGAAGUUCAAGCAGAUCUCGAUGGCGUACGAGGUGCUGUCCGAUCCGGAGAAAAAGGCCAUCUACGACGAGGGCGGCGAGGCCGCCAUCAAGCAGGGUGCGGGUGGCGGCGGCGGCGGCUUCCACAGCCCGAUGGACAUAUUCCACAUGUUCUUCAACGGUGGCUUCUCGGGACGGAAAAACGAACGACAGACGUCCAAUGUGAUACACACGCUGUCCGUGACGCUGGAGGAGCUGUACACCGGCACGAAGCGCAAGCUGGCACUGCAGAAGAACGUGAUCUGCGAGUCGUGCGAGGGCAUCGGCGGCAAGCGGGGCGCAUCGCAAAAGUGUGCCCCGUGCCGGGGGACGGGCGUCAUCACGAAGGUGCAGAAGAUCGCGCCCGGGCUGGUGCAGCAGUACGAGGAGCGGUGCCGGAACUGCCGUGGGCUGGGCGAAACGAUCGACGACAAGGACCGGUGCAAGGAGUGCAACGGGCGCAAAACGGUACGCGUGCGCAAGCUGCUCGAGGUCGAGGUGUUCCCGGGCAUGGUGGACGAGCAGCGGAUCGUGCUGAAGGGCGAGGGUGACCAGGAGCCGGACUGCCGGCCCGGCGACAUCGUGCUGGUGGUGGAGGAGAAACCGCACCCCGUGUUUAAGCGCAACGGCCAGGACCUGCUGGUGUUUCUGCACCUGCAGAUCGCGGAGGCGCUGUGCGGCUUCCGCAAGGUGAUCAAAACGCUGGACGCGCGCGACAUCGUGAUCCAGUCCUGUCCGGGCGAGGUGGUGAAACACCUGUCGACCAAGUGCGUGUACGGCGAGGGCAUGCCGUUGAUGAACGACCCAACGGAAAAGGGCCGGCUGAUCAUACAGUUUGUGGUGGGCUUCCCGGACUCGCUGCCCCCGGAGGUGGUGCCGGAAAUUCGCAAGUAUCUUCCCACGCCGCAGCCCGAUCCGAUCCCGGAGGACCACGAGACGGUAGAAAUGAUGGAUUUCUCUCUGGAAGAGUACCAAAAAGCGAGUGAAGAGGACGAAGGCAGUGACGAGAGCGGCUCCUACAGCCGGUUCAAUCACGGAGGCGGUGGCCAGCGGGUGCACAUGCAAACGUGCAAUUCGAGUUAAGACGGUUCACACACACCACCACCAUCAAACGUUGCAUGCAACAGCAUUAGACCGUGCGAGGGCGAAACGGCAGCAGAUCUUCCUAGUACACUAGGCAGGGAAAGGAAGGGACGAGGACCAUAACCAGUACUUUACCGCCGACUGUUUAUUUGGGCCGUCGGUCCAGUCUAUUAGAUAUGCCCAAAUUUAAUUGUUGUGUGUGCGUGUGUGUGUGUUUGCGCGUGUGUUAUGUUAUGCGGGGGUGUGAAAGCACUGUUCAUGUAUAGAUCGAGCCUGAGCGAAGAGCUAAUAUUGUCGGUAUAUGUAUUUUCCUAUCUUUUUUUUUGCAAACUCUUAACGAUACCAUAAUAGUGAUAACGAACAGGUAAAGGCAAAUAAUAAGAAGACAUAGAGAAGCGAGACAAAGAGAGAUGAACAAUAAUUAAGCGCUGAUGGCGACAAAAGAACAGAGUAAAACAGUAAUGUAGUGUGGAGUCUCUCUAAUGUGAGCUUUCAACAUUCAUCUUAGGGAAACUAAGCCAACGUGUUGCUAUUGUGUGUCCAACAACACCUAGUGGUAAAAUAUGAACUUUUUUUCCCGCAAAAUAAAGUAUUUCGAACUGCCAUUCACAAUAAAUCUUGUUAGGAGCAUCUAGGCGAAGUUCGUUUCAGGGUGGCAUUAUUCUCGAAACCCGUCAAAACUGAUUUGAAGACAUCAUCUACAUCUUAGAGGGUUCUUUACUGUGUUUGUAGCUGCUCGCUGAAUUUUCGUACGAAUACAACAGCGGCGAUAGAAGGGAGCGGUGCAUGGGAGCUGAGAAGAAAAACGUCAGCACUUGCAUCACGCUGCACACACACACACACACAUACACGCACGCACGCACAAAUAGACACGUACUCAUGCACACGGAGAGAGAAUGCACACAAAUAAGAAUUUCACGCAAACCGUUUUUCCCACCGCGCAACAAUCAAGAAGAAAAGACCUGUGUCCUUUGGAAAAGCCUUUCGCUUUCAUGAAUGCUAUCACAUACAUUCACACAUGAGGGUUUUCUUUUCCUGGUCUCCGACAGCCACAAAAUGUGUGUGUGUGUGUGUGUGUGCACGGUGUGAUGUUCUCGCUCGAUUUUACUCUAUUCUUUGGAAUCCUCUCCAAACCAACAUCACGCCGUCCCAUCAUCCCAAAGAUGUAUUUACCUCAUCUGUCCGAAUGUUUUGAAUGGCUUUUCCAGCAGAUACUACGGUGUGGCUUGUUCGUGUCAUGUGUAGCACUCAUUUGAGCGGUUGAAUUUUGCAUUAGCUACAUCCGGUCGUCGGUGGUGCCUGGCCCACGGCUGUGCAUUCCUUUCGGGGAAAUCUGGGAUAGGAGGAAAGGGUACAUCUAAGAGGGGCUUAGAGAUGGGAAUUCGGAAAUAUAGCUGAAUAAGGGGACAGUAGGGAGGGAUAUACCAAUGAAAUAUGGAACCGGCAGCGCGAGGCUCCGUGUAUCACGUUGAAAUGGCCGGAAAGAGAGAGAAAGAGAUAGCAAGAGAGAGAGAGAGAGAGAGAGAGAGAGAGAGAGAGAGAGAGAGGGGAGGGGGAGGUCUGUGCACUAUUAGAACGCUUCGAUUGUAGGAUAGGAGGAUGCGUGUUGUGUAGCCCCGAAAGCCUGUAUAUGCAGGUAUCACCGCGUAGGUCGUUAUGAAAAUAAGAAGUAAAGGAACAAGAAAACCUGGUUUUAUUAAAGUACCACAGCGCAGAAGGAGGGCAAGGCAGGGACGUUUGAAAAUAUGUAUUAAAGAGAUGAAAAAAAUCACCGAGAAUCUGAUUUAAAAAAAAAAUACAUACACCCACAAUACACAUGCAAGACAAUAGAA